AUGACACCCCGCUUCCUAGCGGACCAGCCGUUUGUGACAGUUGAGCUCCAACAAGUUCACGGUGGAAACUUCAGAGGAGAACACGACCUUGAACUGCAGAGAACCGAGUUAACAUCCACCAACAGGACGCCCAGCUUUAAGCUCCUGUUCACCCUGAACCCUCCACCCCGAGGCAAGCUGUCCCACCCUGCGUCCUCUCCUUCCUCACCUCCUCUGGCUCGUCUUUCUCCUCCCUCCUGGCAUCCACAGGCCCAUCUGGACUCCCAGUCAGCCCUCUACCCCAAUGAGGGGCAGAGAGAGGCACCGGUCGCCCUGGAUGGUGACUCCCAGCCUCUGCAGCAUUCUACACCCAGGAACGUCUGUGGCUCGGCGCAGCAGUCCCACCACGAUGCGUCCACUAUAACAGACCUUUGCUCAAACCUGCCGGAGCUGGAGAUAGUGAGUCUGCUGUCAGAAGGUCAGCCCAAGUACACCCUAAGAGCAGACACCGUGUUUGGAUAUGACAGUGACGACUGGCUGCACACCCCUCUGGUGCCACCAGUGGUCGUACUGGGACUCACUUAUGAACAGAUUGAAGAGACCUUCAAAUAUUUCUUGCUGUGCUCAGACAGAGUGGGCCAGGUCACCAAGACGUAUCAUGACAUCAAGGCGGUGACCCACCUGCUGGAGGAGAAAGAGCGGGAUCUGGAGUUAGCGGCUCGAAUCGGACAGUCCCUCCUGAAGCAGAACCAAGAGCUAACAUCUCGCAAUGAGACGCUGGACGAACAGCUGGAAAUCGCAACGGAAGAGAUCGCUCAACUUCGCCAUGAGCUGUCGAUGCGAGACGACCUGCUGCAGUUCUACGCCAGCACAGAGGAGACGGAGAACGCUCAGGGCCUGUCACCAAUUAAAAGAAAUGAAUCCAGCAGUUCUCUCAGCAACUUUGUCCAUUAUGACUUUCUGAAUCAGAAACUGAAGGGUUUGGAGGAAGAGAACCGCAAACUGAGAUUGGAGGCCACUGAGCUCUCCACAGAAACGACCAACUAUGAGGAGCAGGAGCAGGAGCUGAUGAUGGUGUGUGUGGAGGAGCUCUCGUCUGCAAAUAAACAGGUGGUGGACCUGUCGGAAGAGCUGGCCAGAAAAGUGGAGGACACCGUCAGACAGCAGGAGGAGAUCAGCUCACUGCUCGCUCAGCUCGUCGACCUGCAGGCCCGCUGCAAAGGGCUUGGCCAUGAGAACGAAGCGCUGAACCACCAGCUGAGUGCCUCCAGAGAGAAGGAGGCAAAAUUUACGUCUGAGCUCAAGGACUUGCAAGACAAGUACUCUGAGUGUGAGGACAUGCUGCACGAGGCACAGAAGGACAUAAAGAACCUGCGAAACAAGAGUCUGCCCAACAGCACGGUGCAGCGGUACACCGCGCUGGCCUCGGUCCUCCCCAUGGACUCUCUGGCUGCAGAGAUAGAAGGCACCUUCCGGAAAGGUCUGGACUCUCCUGCUCCGUCAGAGUACAAGAACCACCCAUAUCGCGUGUUUGAAACAGUGAAGGUGGCGAACAAAGCAGGGAGGAUGCGGUCCCAGUGUCACUCACCAGGACUACCGGGCUCCAGCCCCGUGUCCAGUUGCACCAGCACCCCUCGGACCAGCUUCUACGGUUCCGACAAUGCCAGCUUAAUCCUGGAGGACAAGCCCGGCUCCAGCUCCACUCAGAGAGAGGACAGCAAUGUUAGUGGGCCAAAACGCCUGGGUCAGCCAGGCACACCCGGAGGUCAGGACCUAGAAACCGCUUUGCGCAACUUGUCGGCUCGCCAGCAGAGCCACGCCUCUGACCGGCCUUUCUUCGACGUGGAGAGAGAACGGAAACUCCGCGCUUUGGCGGCAAACUGCGAGGAGGGCGACGGCUCCAGCGGCUUCCUGACACCAAACGACAGCCUGGCCUCCAGCUCAGCUGCAUCGACCGGCACCAAUUACUCCAACGGGAGCUCACGGCACUCCUGCGGCUCCUCAGGAGGGUCUAGGUCCUACCUGCCAGACCGCCUGCAGAUCGUUAAACCUCUAGAAGGCUCAGUGACUCUGCACCACUGGCAGCAGCUGGCUAAACCAAACCUGGGGGGCAUCCUCCACCCUCGUCCUGGAGUCCUGACCAAGGACUUCAAGGAGCUGGAGGUGGACGUGCAGCACGUCUACAGCCUGAACGACCUGGAGGAGGAUGAGCCUGACCUCUCGCAGUUUUCUGCAGCUCAUGGUUUGGCGUCCUCAUCGGGUCCCAACCUCCCUCAGACCUUCCCCACACAUCCCAAAACCACCUGCAAAGUCCUCCAACCCUCCCCUCUCGUCCCCUCUUUCUCCAAUCGCCUUCGCUCUUUCAGCCUGCCACCUCAUCGGGACGGUGAGGACGUGAGCGCCUCGUCUUCCUCCGUCCUCCAGCACUUUCACCAGAGUAGCCUCGCCUCCACCGCCGGCGCCACCGCAUCCCUGGGACUGCUGGAGCUGCUGCAGCAACACGGCAUCUCCGCCUCCACCGACCCCUACAGCAACCUGCACUACGCGCCUCCGCCGCCGCCGCCUCCUCCGACCUCCGCCGUGACACAGACGGGAGGACUCAGCUCGUCCUCGGACCAAAGCCCCGGGUCGAGCCUCUUCAGCCUGAACCUGGUGGAGAAGCUCCAGAGCCUCGGGCUGCACCGGGUGGCGGCCUGGGGAAUGAUGGGCCGGCGUGGGACCGAUGGACACAAUCAUCCCACCAAACUGUGACACGCUCACCCCGACUCCCCCUCUUCACCAGCGUGACUUCACAUUAAGCCAUGAGAUUCCCCCACCGUGCAAUUCACAGCCCACCACAGCACCCCGUGUCUUAAAAAACAGAACGCCAUCGAAUGUGUAGGAGCCACGCUUGAGACGUUAACCGGGUAGAGCGAUGAACUCAGCCAGUGUUCAUGUCAGGAGCCGAUUACCGCUUCUCAUCACACACACAAAACAGCAAACAGAAUCUUUUUAUAUUGUGUUGGUGAAUGUCAUUUUACUGUUGUCUCCAUCGCUGGUUUUAAAUAAUGUAAUCACUUGUUGUUUUUUUAGUUUCCAAAGUGUAAAUAGUAGUAUUCUUGUUUGCUAUUUAAGGAAAAAAAAAGACUACAUGCAGUAUAAACUGACGUUGUGGCACUGAAGAACAUUCAGAUGCACCAAAGCACUGGUUUUCCUGUAACUUAGAGCUGCUACACUGAGAGAAACUGAUACAGGAGCGCUGCGAUGACAUCCUUCAUCCUCCCACAUAUCUUUUCAUCUCCGAUUUGUUUUGUGUGUCGAUCUGAGCCACGCCCGAGCGAACGGGUUGGACUUCCAGCGUACAAAGGAACAGAUCAUGUCGAUUCUGCUGUAUUUCACACCGUCAGGAGUCUGUUAAACCGCUGGGAUUUCUGUCUGAUCAGGAUCAUUUUUCUGGGCAUUAAGAGUGAUUUCUCAAUCUUUUAAUGUUUGAACAUUCAGAGCAAUCAAAUGUAGCAAAAAAUGGCAUAGGAUACUGUGGCUUUAAAAGGGAAGAAAUCAUGAACACAACAUUGUAAUUAGUUUUUGACCUAAAUAUGCCAAAUUCCUGUUUCUCUGCACUGCUUUCCACUGUAGUCUGCCAGCUCUCUGUCGGUGAGUCUUUUACCACUUGAGAAUAAAAAA